CAGCAAAAGCUUGCCCCGAAUCACGAGGUCUUCUUCAGGAUGGUAUGGGAACUGUCCUCAAACCAGGCCAAAAUGCUUGCAGAGGCAAGAGGGAAUUAGCCUUUUACCAGAAUGUCACCAGACCAGACCAGUCCAAUCCGCUGUAUACCAGCUUGAGGCCAUUGGUACCUGGCUUCUAUGGCACCUUUGUAUCACCUGAAGAUCCAUCGUUGGUAUACCUGAAAAUAAAGGAUGUCACUGCACGGUUUCGCAAGCCUUGUGUCAUGGAUGUGAAGAUUGGAUGCAAGAGCUAUGAAGAUGGCGUCUCACUGAGGAAGGUAGAACUUGCCAAGGAGAAAUACCCCAACCUGGAGAAGAUUGGCUUCCAGAUUCUUGGCAUGAGGGUUUACCAUCCAGCCACAGAUGAGUUUGAAUGCCGGGAUAAAUUCUACGGUCGUAGUUUACAAGGAGACAAUGUCAUUGAAGGGUUUGCUAGGUAUCUGAAUGUUGUGGAUGAUGUUAGGAUUGAUGUUGUGCCAGAGUUCUUGAAGCAAAUACGGCGAAUUGAGCGUUGGUUCACCAACCAGAAGCAGCUCCACUUCUAUUCCAGUUCUCUGCUGUUUGUCUACGAGGGUGCUGUGACUCCUGCCUCUGCUCAGUCUGUGGUAGAAACCCCCACAGCCCAAGAAAAUGAUGGUAUCAGCAGCAGCCCACCAAACUUCGUGAGUUAUUCCCAGCUUAAAAGAGUGAGUCCAAAAUCCAAGCAGUCCGCAUCUGCACCAGAAGGUCUUCCUUCCAAUUCUAGUGCUUUUCUUGAGCAGGAAGAACACCUUCCAGUAGAGAAUGGAUUCAUCAAUCGGCUGCCAACCUACCAGGAGUCCAUAGCUGCCAAGUUUGGGGGCAGGGGUGGUGCAGGCCCAGUAGAAGGGGGACUCAGUAAUGGUGUUGAGUGGGGAGACAACAAUGGAGUUCAAACAGAGCCCCGACUACUUGACAUAAAUGGUAGGCUUACAGUGUCUCAGAUGAGAGAAAGGCAGGGGAGUUUGAGUCAAUCAAACUCACAAUUUGAUUUGCCAUCACCCCUCAAACAGGAGGAGGAGCUGCCAUUGAAAGCUAACACAGACACUCUACCGUCAGAAGAAGCAGCCAGUGCAGCCACCAAUCAGAUAGAAGAGGAAAAAGAGUCUGAAAGUAAAUUGGCUCUUGUAAAAAUGAUUGAUUUCACCCACGUAGUUGAGGCUGACAGAACUGAUGAGAAUUACUUGUUUGGUCUGAAAAAUGUCAUUCGCUAUUUUGAAAUGCUUCGAAAUGUGUACGGUAAUAAGUAGGCACAUCAGAGCAAUCCCAUUUUUCUUCCUAAAGUACUUGACUAAUCACCUUGGAGCAUGUUUUGCACAUCAGAAGGGCAACUACAUGAACAUGUAACUCUCCAUUCGAAGUAUUUGGAAACUUUCUAUUUGUAAGUGCCUGUUUCCUUACACAUCAUGAGGCCAAUGUAUUUGUUUAUUUAUAGCUUAAUCAUUAUUUACAGUAAGGUUGUACAUGUAUGUUUACAAACUCUGUGCUUGAACAAGAGAAGGGCUUUCUGUUAUCUAGUAACAGUGUCCUCCUGCAUGCAUUUACAUGUUUGUGUACGUUUUCUUGAGCCCACCAGAUGCACGGUAGCAGUAUUGUUAGAGUUUCAACCAGCCUCUUUUUUGUUUCCAUUGAAGGGGUAUCUUUGCUUGGAGCCAGUUACAUGUACGUUGUGGUAACAUAGAAUCAUUAUGAAAUAUUUCGGCAAUUUAUUUGUGUGAGUAAACAAGAACAGGGGUGUGAGAAUUCAGCUUUUCAGCUGAUUUCAGCUUUUUUUUAGAUGUUGACCCUGAAUUUCAGUUUUUUGCACACCUGGUCUGUACGAAAGUUUAGGAACUUUUUAUGCUUCUGCUUUUUGCUAGCCAUUUUCAUCUUUACAUGGAAUUUUAAGUGGCCACUCACAUCCCUGCAAAAGUAACUGUUGUUCACUGUUUGGAGAAAUGCAUGUGGUUUCUUUACAUUGUGGAAACUUACGUGGGUUAAUUUCUUCAACAAAAUUCCAACAAAAAUAGUUUUGGUGUUUUUCAGAUUUUUUCUUGUAUAAUUUAUUUUAAUAUUAUGCUGAUUGCAUGAAAGUUUUGGAGGGGUGGUCUUGGCAGAGGGCAUGCAUAUGAAGACCUGCCACUAGUCAUAGUUUGCAUGCCCACAGGGUACCUAUGAAACUCAGAGAAAUCUACAUUUUCUCUGCUUUUAUGAAAAACCACACACACAAAAUAUGUGUUUUCAGUCUUCAAGAAAAUCCAAUUACUCUCACCACAGAUGAAACAGGUGUGAGAUUUCUCCAUGUUUAAAUUUCUACCAGUUUUGAAAUUAGUAAAAAAAGGUGAGUCUUUUAGACACGUGCCCAAAGUUACAGUCAAGCAACCAAGCCAAAGGCAGAUUUGUCUGGGUACAUGGUAGCACUGCCAGCAAUGUUGGUUUUAGUUUCAUUGAGCUCCAUGGCACUGCAUACAAUGGUUGCUCCCUACAUCACAGCUUGCACAGGGGAAAUGGUUCACGCAUAUAACCAAUGCAACCACAUUAGCGUAGACUUCGCUGUAUCACAGAUCUGUAACAUGCAGCAUAUAAUCUGAUGUUAUAAAGCUUCAUGUACUGGUACAUGUAAGUCAUCAACAGAAUAAGAUGUGUGUCAGUGUGUCAAAGUGUCAAAGCAGUCUUAAUUUGGUAGGCUAACGCCACUUUUCCCCCUAAUGUGGGGUGGUACAUAUAGAAGCAUGUGGUGCAUGUGGUGCAUGCAUGCAUGCUGUGUGUGAUAGAAGCAUGCAUGGUGGAGCAUGCAUGAUUCACUGGUUCCAGCCACUAGCAAUAGUGCAAACAAUAUGGAAGCGCCAGGAGCCAGUGAUCCACACAAUGGCAUGAAGCUCUUUCCAAACUUUGACAGCCUGAACAUCACAAAUAAUUAAGAUUGCUGAUUUACUGGUUCGCCUUUCAAAAAUUCCAAUUUAAAUUUCCUUGGAGCACUGUAGCAAACUACGGUAGUUAACUUUUAGGACUUAAUAUAUCGAGUGUUGUCUUUGGAAAAGCCCUGUAAAUGUUUGCUUUGUGAACAAACUUGAAUGUACUUGAACAAUGCAUCACUUCACUUGUUAUCAGUGCAUCUUCCUGUUUUCAGUUUUCUGUCUCAUGUCUGAUGCAGAAAGAUUCUGAUUCUUUAAGGUUUCUUCAUGAAAGCACGCACAUACAUUUAAGGAGUGGUUUGUGUGUAUAAGGGUGCAGUGGUAUUUAUGGGCAUGUUGGCCAUGAAAGUAGCAUUUCCUUGCCUUUUUCUCUCAAGAUGCAUUUCUCUGUGCAGUCUGAUUGAUAUUGAUGCCUUGCAGAUCUUUGCUUCUUUUAAGUCAAGAUGAAUUUGAAAGCCUUCUCUGUCUUUGAAAAAUUGACUUUCUUGUGUCCAUUUGGCAGAAUGUUAGGGUGGCAACUACAAAGAAGCUCAUUUUAACACUUUCCAAAUCCAAACCUUUUUUUCCUGAGUGGCUUUUCCAGAGUGGCCUAUUCAUCCUGAUGGUUUUUCUCAAGUUUUGCCCUUGCAUGCCAUUUGUUAGUUCAAUAUCAAGGUUGGCAUAACAUUUUAAUUUUUAAGGUAAAAUGUAUUUUGAGAAGUUGGACUAUUUUGAUAUUAGAUGCUAUAAUGUUACUUUAUUUGAUGGUCAGUAAGUUUAAUCAUGUUGUCUUCUUCGGGGAAUUUUAAUGGUACAGGUAUUUGUCUUGCUUUUUCCUUGUUUUCAUUUACAUUAAAGUUAUUGAAGACUAUUGUAUGUAAAUCAAGUGAGAUAACUUUGUUUCAUGGAACUUAUGCCAAUUUUGUUCAUUUGUCACAUUUGUAUAAUAAUAUCAAAUUAAUAUUUACAUGUAUAUAUUCAUUACAUGUAUGCCCCCACAUGCUAGUAAAUGGCAAAAUAUAAGCAGUACUUUGUCUUUCAGAUAACACAAGUAAAAUAUAAUUGAGCAUUUGUAACAUAAAAACUGACAGUGUACAUGUAUGCCUUCUCCUGAUCAUGAAAAUGAGCCUGUUAGAAGGCAACCUUGUGAAGUGUACCGGUACAUUUGUCCCCUUUCUUGCAUGUUCUCAUGAUUUGUGGUAUUUCCUAGCAUGAAACAACACCAAAAAUGUAGAAUGGCUUUGAUGCUGAAGAUAUACAGUACCAGUAGGCUUAUAAUACAUGUACCUGUACAUGUAACACAGAUUGUCCUCUGACUCAAAGUAGACAGUAACUUGAGUAAUGGCAGGUUGGGUCACUCUGUGUACACUUUCAAUGCCAAACACCUCCCAGAACCACAUUCUUACAGUCCACAAUAUCUGAAUGUUGGAUUUAAAGCUGAAAGUUGCAGUUGCUGAAAUAUAUAAAAAGUUGCAACAAAGCGCAGAAUUAAAUCUUUCAUCGCCUCUGCUGAAAUUCACCCUACAUUGUAGCUCUGCAGGUUUCAUUCUUGUUUUCUCACAAUUUGAUGAAAAAACGAAACAAAAGCUGUUUAGUGCCAGCUUUUUCUGCUGGCUACUGCAAGACCAUAGGGCUAGUCGGUGCCAAUCUCUGGUGCAUGUUUCUCCACUGGACUUAUGUCAAGCACUUGUUCUCUUCUUGUUUUCCUUCUUUUUCUUUACAUUCAUACCCUCUGCUGGAAUCCAAGGAAAGAAACUGAGAGUGCUUGAGCACUCAUCCAAGUCAGGAUAGAUCCUUGAACUAAUAAAUGUAAAAUUACAUUUAGUUGAAACUUAUUUAGAAAAGUAGUUUUUCCGCCUUAUUAAAUACAAAUUUGUUCGCUCUGUGCUGAGAAAUUGUGUCAAACUCUUCUGAUUCACCAUAUUGGCAAGGUUGCUGAAUGAAUAUCAAAAUGAACCACCUUUGGUGUGUAGUUGGUUUCUUGGAGACAUGACCAAUUUCAUUUCUUUUGCCUAGUUUGGUGAGCCAUUUGGACUAUAAUGACAUAGCCCUUAUCCCGCAAAAUCUGACCCACUUUGAUUGAAGGUGACCUAAAAGUGACCAGGUUUACAAGAAAUUUCUGAUUUCACAUGCCUACAAGGCCAAUGAUAUAAGCUUUCUUUUGGUAAAGGUUAAACCUCAAUCCUAUGUGUCUCUUAUUUGCAUGUUCUUGAGUUUGAAGGAAAGGAGGGAAUUUUCAUAGGGAACAUGGCUUUGAAGGAAUUGCCCAUCUUUAUAAAACCAUAGUGCCUGGAAAUCAAAUGUUCAAUUUAUCCCUUUAGCUUAUUUAUUUCAUUCAUUAAAAUGUAGAUUUAAUCAGAAGAUUAAGAUGACGUUGACAGUGUUGACAAAGAAUUCUUCUCAGACAUGUUUAAAUACCCUCAUCACAAUGGAUGCACUGAAGGAAACGCAGACCCUGAACCAAAUCUGGGAAGGCAAAAAAUUCUGUAACCUUUCAUGGCCCAGUGAGGUUUUAAGUUACCCUUUGGGUCUUUUUGCAAUUAGAGUGAAAUAGACCCCAAAACUGGUUUUCUCUCAUAUUUAAAAGAAAUGCUUUUGCUCUGUUUUAAGGGAACUAUGGCCCUAGUUGGCUCACUUCUGUGUCCACCCUGUGUUAAUGUACGGCAUGUCAUGGGUCGCCUUUGACUACAGUUGUUCACAUGAACCAAAGAAGUACACAUCCCACAUUUAUAAACCAAUGAUACAUGUACCUGGCUAAUAAUGAUGUCAGUUAUUGUUUUGCUAUACAUGUAUACAAUAUACCGGUAUCACUUAAGUGAGAUACCAUACAGAACUGUCUUGCGGUAAAAGAAUGCACAUCACUGGAAUUACGUGCAUGUUUCAAGGAAACUGUACCUAGAGUGCCGACUGUGUAUCUUGAGAUGCUUUGUAUAAAGUAGUAUUUAUGUACUUGCCCCAUUAAAUGAACAGUUUCACAUCCCCCCCCAGUUGGAGCAAGUUGACUACAUGUAUUUUGAAUAAAAUACUAAGUAUCCAGUACAUUCUGGCACUAUUUUUGUAAAGAGAGUUUAUUAAUAAAUAGUACUUUUAGCAGUGACUGCAGGUAGAGUGUAGUUCAAUUCUCAGAAAAUUCUCAAAAAAAUUGAAGGCCCCCAUAGCACAUACUUGUCGGUGCAUGUUUCACAAAGAUUUCUUGACAUGCAGGUGUAGGUAUUCAUAAACAUAAGAGAUGAAUUCAGUUAAAAAGUAAUGUUGAGGCUUGGCAUCCAUGUGCAGAGCUUAGGGAUAGAGGAAGUUAUAAAACUUACAUGUACAAGAGAUAAUUGCUUAAAAAAUAUAAGGACUCUGUUUUACAAUAAUUACCUGUAUAUGUACAACUGACCAAAGUUUGUGAAUUGUUAAAUUAAGGGUGUGGCCAUAUGGGGCUUAACCUAAGGGUUGGGGAAUACUUACAGGUGAAGUUAGUAUAAAAGGUGAAUUUAAAUGUAAGCAUUCAACAGGGGAAUAUGCUUUACCCUCUGAAUUCAAUGUCCUGUGUGUGUGUGUCUCGUGUUUUGUAGCAUUUGUAAAUGUAUUUAUACUGCAAGCCCAAAAAGUCUGACACAUGGUAUACAGUGUUAACACACUGCACACUAACAGUGUAACACACCCAAUGUAAUCAGGUACACCUUGAGAAAGUGUAAAAGUCAGUUGUCCAAAAUUGUACAUUCUUCAAACAAAUGUACAUAACCUUGUUUUCAGUUGUAUACAUGUACAUUUUUCAUCAUCUGGAUCAAAUUGAGAAAAAGAAGAAAAGACUGAGGUGAAGUUGUAAGUGAUAUGUGCACGCACCAGAAAUGUUUUAGGACAAGUAAUAUUUUCUUGUUCUGAAGCUGAAGAGGGGAAAUCAAAUCACAGACUUUGAAAUACUGUUGUCAUAUCUUCUGUCCACACAGGAAGCUGUAAUUAGUCUAUGCUAAAACAUUUUUUUAAUUCUGAAAUGCGACUGUGAGAACAUGAGAAAGGUCAAAUCUUUGUAUUUCAGUUUUUUCUUAUCCCUGUAUUUGUAUAAAACGUACAUGUAACUCACAAAGGGACGCAAUUAUAUAUUUAAUACUGCGAUAUUUUUGUAGAAUGUGGAUCAUGAGAACUAAUGGAAUAUUUCAAGUAAUGAAUAAAAACAGCUGAUUUGAUACAA